GCGGGGUUCCCGGUGCAGGUGUUUGCUGACCGGCCGCCGUGCUCCGCAGACGCGACGCUGUCAUGACGGAGGGCACGUGUCUGCGUCGUCGGGGGGGACCCUAUAAAACCGAGCCUGCCACUGACCUCAGCCGCUGGCGGCUCCGCAAUGAGCUGGGCCGGCAGACAUGGACGUAUCACCAAGAGGAGGACGACCCUGGCCGCCAGCAGACGGGGCUGGAGGCCCACUCCCUGGGGCUGGACACCAAGAGUUAUUUUAAAGACUUACCCAAAGCUCAAACGGCCCAUGAGGGGGCUCUGAAUGGAGUCACAUUUUACGCAGAGCUGCAGGCUGAGGACGGGCAUUGGGCCGGUGAUUAUGGAGGCCCACUCUUCCUUCUGCCAGGCCUUCUGAUCACGUGCCAUGUGGCAAACAUCCCUCUGCCAGCGGGAUACAGAGAGGAAAUGGUGCGGUACCUGAGGUCAGUGCAGCUUCCCGACGGCGGCUGGGGCCUGCACAUUGAGGACAACUCCACAGUGUUUGGGACUGCGCUUAACUACGUGGCUCUCAGAAUCCUGGGUAUUGGGCCUGAUGAUCCUGACCUGGUACGCGCCCGGAACCUUCUUCACAAGAAAGGUGGUGCAGUGACCAUCCCUUCCUGGGGAAAGUUCUGGCUGGCCAUCCUGAAUGUUUAUAGCUGGGAAGGCCUUAACACUCUGUUCCCCGAGUUGUGGCUGUUUCCUGACUGGAUGCCGGCGCACCCUUCUACUCUCUGGUGUCAUUGCCGGCAGGUCUACCUGCCUAUGAGUUACUGCUAUGCCACCCGACUGAGUGCUUCGGAGGACCCACUAAUUCAGAGUCUCCGCCAGGAGCUCUAUGUAGAGGACUAUGCCACCAUCGACUGGCCUGCACAAAGGAACAACGUAUCCCCUGAUGAUCUGUACACACCGCACUCCUGGCUGCUGCGCGUGGUAUAUGCAUUCCUCAAUCUGUAUGAGCGCUUUCAUAGCACCAGCUUGCGGCAGAAGGCCAUCCAGAUGCUGUAUGAGCAUAUCGCCGCUGACGACCGCUUCUCCAAGAGCAUCAGCAUUGGCCCGAUCUCAAAAACAAUCAACAUGCUUGUGCGCUGGACUGCAGAUGGACCAGACUCCCCUGCCUUACAGGAGCACAUCUCCAGGAUCCCAGAUUACCUCUGGCUGGGCCUUGAUGGCAUGAAAAUGCAGGGCACCAACGGCUCACAGAUCUGGGACACCUCAUUUGCCAUCCAAGCUCUGCUGGAGGCAGAUGCACACCACAGGCCUGAGUUUUUGUCCUGCCUGCAAAAGGCACAUGAGUUCCUGAGGCUCUCACAGGUCCCAGAUAACCUUCCAGACUAUCAGAAGUAUUACCGCCAGAUGAUGAAGGGCGGCUUCUCCUUCAGCACGCUGGACUGUGGCUGGAUCGUUGCAGACUGUACAUCCGAGGCCUUGAAAUCCGUGCUGCUCCUGCAGAAGCAGUGUCCCUCUAUCACUGAGCAUAUCCCCCGAGAGCGGCUCUGCGACGCUGUGGAUGUGUUGCUGAACAUGAGGAAUGCUGAUGGAGGGUUUGCCACCUAUGAGUCCAAGCGUGGGGGACACUUGUUGGAAAUGCUAAAUCCCUCAGAGGUCUUCGGGGACAUCAUGAUCGACUAUUCAUAUGUGGAGUGUACUUCGGCAGUGAUGCAGGCACUGAAGCUUUUUCAUGAGUACUACCCAGAACACAGGGCAGGAGAGAUCAGAGAGACCCUUAAGCAGGGGCUGAAGUUCUGUCGGCAGAAGCAGAGGGCUGAUGGCUCCUGGGAGGGCUCCUGGGGAGUUUGCUUCAGCUAUGGCACCUGGUUUGGUCUGGAAGCUUUUGCCUGCAUGGGGCACACCUACCGGGAUGGGGUUGCCUGUGCAGAGGUGUCCCGGGCCUGCAAUUUCCUGCUGUCCCGGCAGAUGGCAGAUGGAGGCUGGGGAGAGGACUUUGAGUCCUGUAAGCAGCAACAUUACUUGCAGAGUGACCAGUCCCAGGUCCACAACACGUGCUGGGCCCUGAUGGGGCUGAUGGCUGUCAGGCAUCCUGACAUUGCAGCUCAGGAGAGAGGAGUCAGGUGUCUGCUUGAGAAGCAGCUCCCCAAUGGCGACUGGCCUCAGGAGAACAUCUCUGGGGUCUUCAACAAGUCCUGUGCCAUCAGUUACACAAGCUACAGGAACAUCUUCCCCAUCUGGACCCUGGGUCGCUUUUCCAAACUUUACCCUGAGAGACGCCUUGCUGGCCACCCUUGAAAACAUACCUGCCUGUAAUGGUGACUGGCAGCUGGCAGAUGUCUUUGCCACACAAGGUCCAGGAGAGACUGAGGUGUCUUGGUUGGAUGGUGGGGACCCCCUGUAAACCCUGCCUCAGAUUCCAGCCCCUCUACUUUUCUCUACUUUUGCAGGUAUGAUUCUCGGGAGCAGCCUGGAGGCAGGAACAAGGGUCUUUAGAUACUAGAUGGUCAGCAUAGGUUUAGCGCUGAGAAUAGUGUGGUUACCUGGAUAUGCACAGUGUGUUGCACAGUUCCUGGGCUCAAGGCCUCCACAAGGGAGUGAGGGUGGACGGUUUUCUUGACCAAUAACUAAAUCCUUGGGAGGGGAGCUGUUGGAUCCACUUAACUUUCUGCCUGGUACUGUUGUGGAGCAGGCCCUGGACUGGGCUUCCCGCAGGCUAGCUGCUCCUGCAUCUUCUGUUAACUGGGCUCAGAGAGUCACGUUAACCUCAUGAUGUAGGCAUGUAUGGGGAAUGGCCCAUGUGUAGAGUGUGGCCCUUGUUAACUGUGCCCCUAGCAACAGCUGCUGUCUUUGGGAACUUCCAACCAUGACCAGAUCACUGUACAAAAUACAGAAGUUUUCCAAAAAGGAAAUGCAAACCCAUUUUAUACUGAAAAUGUUACUAAAAGUUAUAUAUAUGUAUACAUAUACAUAUGUCUAUGUGUGUAUAUAUUCUGCUCCUCUCUAUCCCUGCUGCCCCCUGGAUUGGUGGCAACCCCAGUCUCUCCCUGGCCUACAGUCCUCCCUCAGAUAACCAGAGAUCUGUGUCCAAUGUCCUCUGAUUCUCUCCUCCCCUGCCCAGGACCUGUAGGCCUUUCCUGCUGUGGUGCAGGGUCCAGGGCCUCUCUUGGCCCUCUGUGUGCUGACACUCUCUGGGGCUCUCCUGCCUCAUGCCAUAGCCUAUGCUGUUCCCUUUGCUGACCUCUCAUCCUUCUGCCAACAUCAGGACAGACAGUGAAUUACCAGGCCUGGCCUGGCAGCAGCUGCUGUCCCCAGAACUCCCAUCCAUGACUGGACCACUGUACAAAAUACAAGUUUUCCACAAAGGAAAUGUAACCUCACUUUAUACUAAAGAAGAUGUUACUAAGUCACUUGUAUGACCAGCUGCCUUAAUAAAUAGACUUUUGAUCCCAU